GCCGUAUAUAGCGAACCAGAGUACGAGUACCGAAAAACCCCAUCGCACCGACUUCAAAAGGUUCAAUGAAACAACGAGUAACUCGUGAUGAUUCCGUGCCUUCAUCUUAGCUACCGCACCUUUUUACCUCUAUUUGCUCUGUUUAAGCUGGCUGUAUAUUUCACAAUAAGCGGAUUAUGGACUUUGGAUUUUUACGAUACCUCAGUAGUAUAUAUUAGCGGGAUGUUUCUUGCAUCUCAUUCCACUCCAACCUCCACUUCCUAUCCCGCUCUUCCGUCACCACUCUACAGCAUUUAUUCUAUAGAGUUAUCCUCAAGACGGAUGCAAUCCUUUGCUAAAAGCAGGCACCAAAUCCACCUCACCUUUCCCAUCAACGCCUAGCGCAUGCUCGCUCCCGCCUACGCAUUAUAAAUUCCGUCAAAGCGAAGCACUAUACUCGACAUGCCCGAAGCACAACAAGUCCCUCAAGCAUUCCCCCUCGAGGGUUGGUCGCUGGAGUCUACUUCAAGAGAAGAUAUCAUCCGAGCCUUGGAAGAUGCGCCAAAAAUCUAUAGUAAAUCCUAUACACAAAUCGCUCGCAUUUCCAGCUCCGUCGUGGUAAAGUAUGGCUCUGAGGUUCAUCUUUGGGAGGCGAGGACGAUGGCAUUUGUUGCGAAAAUACCACAUGUGCGAUUGCCAAAGGCCUUUGAUGCUUGGGAAACGAAUGCAGCCCCGUUACAGGAGGAGUCAACCACGACUUAUAUUGUGAUGGAAUAUGUCCAGGGUGAUCUGGUCUCGGACGUGUGGCCCGGACUCAGUUCAGAGCGCCGCCUCAGCAUACAUCAGCAGAUCUACGAGAUGAUCCGAGAACUUCAGCGCACAAAAUUGGCCGUUCCCGGCCCUAUUGGCGGUGGAGUCUCAAACGGCACGUACUUCACCGAUUAUGGCGCCGGCCCGUUUCUCUCGCGGGAAGAAUUGGAGUGGUUCAAUGAGCGCCUUCUCGUAAACCUUCUGGAAAAUUGCCUUCAUAGAUCAACCCGGCUCCUGCACUUAUGGAGAUGUAUAUUAAAAGCAAGGUUUAUAUAUCUCAUGGAAAGGGAACUAUGAUUACGAGCAGAGCCAGUUCUGAUACAGCACAUUGUUAUUCUCCAUCCAUUAUUGUUCUCACUAUACAACAGAGCCGACCUUGGACAAUGGCAAUGUCAACUUGCAGAUGGCACCUAAAGAGUAGAUCCUGUAGUUAGUUUGAGUGAAGAAUAUUAUCAACAGGAUAAUCGUGACGAUUCAACUGAUAGCAACGCAACGUAACUGAACAGAUAGACAUACUAAACGUUCCAAGAAACCAA